CGAGGCAAAAGUCACGCCAUUACGAGCAACAAACAUCACGACGUCGGCCGGUAGUGGGAGAGAAAUCUGCUCUUGCUCCUACGCACCCCCGUCCCGCCGACUCGCUUGAAGAAGAGAGAGGGUAAGAGAAAGGAAAAAUAGUUGAGAAGGAGAUCCGAUGCUUGGAGAAUAUCACCAGUCAUAGUAUGGGCUUUGUGAGAAAACCCCAUCCCCCAACGUUGUCGUCCAGUACCAGUGACUCGAUCGCAAGUCGAGUCAAUCAAACAGACCCCUAAAAAGAACCCAAUCUUUUGACUGCGGCGAAUACGACAACUCACAAGACCCCAAUCCGGCCUUUUUUUCCCCCUCUUGAUUAUCCGUCCGAUCUAUCCCAUCCUAUUCAGCCAGUCCAAGACAAGUCCAAGACAAGUCCAGUCUCCUCCCCAAGCAAGAAAGCAGGUCUCAGGAUUGACUCCCAGUCCUGUCCUGUUCCCCGUCUACCUAACUUGGGCCUGGUGCUUUCCCAUCCCAACCAACGAAUUGGGAGCCGCAUGUGUCCGCUCAUCCUAUCGACUGAUACUCUGCUUCUCCGUAAAACCCUUCACUCCCUCGACCAACAUCUGACGACCGCAUUUUUGUUGUUUCUGUUUGCGCCCGAUCUCAAUUUGCGAUAACUUAGCGGUUAAUUCAACUUACUCAGAGACUGCCGUCACAUACGUUGCUGCACUGUGGCUAGAAGCCAUACCCGCCCAUAAGCACAUACCUUAAACCGCAAGCUUCCGCCACGCUUCAGUCAAAGCUCAACCUCAUCAAAUCUACAGCAAACCGACAACGAAUCAAUCUGCUCCUUGGCCCGCACGCCUUGGCUGUCGCUUUCGCUAUCGACCCAUCUUACAGUGCUGCUAUCUAUUGCAAUUCACCUUUCCGCAGCUCUUCAACCUCAUCACCCGCAUUCUUAAUCUUUUAAGCACCUGGAUCUGGCCUCAAGCUCAACAACACCCCACCUAGCCAUCUUUGCCGAGCUCAUCUUAUCCUCAGUUCGCUGAAUCACAAUCGAUACACUUCAACUUAUUUCCGUGUGAUAUCAUCCCUUUCUCGAGGCUGUCAUCAUCAGCAUCAUCAAUUCUUACCCUCCAUCACGGCUGGACCCACUGUCAUAUGCUUUGACAGAUCGACCCCUCAAUUCCAUUGCGACAGCUUUGUGAUUGUCACACUGUAUCGAGUGGUCUAUUUGCUCUUUCAACCGCUGUUGAACCCAAUUACCUCCGUUCUCCAAUCGAAGUUGCCAUCGCCAAUUGAGCUGGCUCAGACCCUGUACGGGUUGCUCACACCAGACCUUUCUUCCCGGACGACGAACACGGCCUCGCAGGCCGGGAUGCCGUGUUAGCAAUGGAUCCUAAUCUUCUUAACUUUUUCGCGGUGCCCAACAACCAGACGCUGAAUCACGUGGAUCAGAACAACGACACAUCUCAACAGCAACAUGAGCCUUCGCCAUGGAGACCAACAGGCUUAGAGGGUGACAUGGGAGCAUCUGGCAACCAGGGGGGGCCAUCCUACGAUUACCAGUCAACUGCAGCCUCUGAUAUGACAUUCACCCAGGUCCCGAUGCCGUCACCAUAUGCUAGCUCAAACAAGACCAUACUACCGACUAGAGGACCCCCACGGGGCCAUCAACAAAGGAAGCGAGAUGCCCAUGAAAGGAAGCGCACAAAGGUUGACACCGAUUCUGCGCUGGAGUCUCUGGACUACUGGAUACGUUUUGACGACGAAGAGAAUGAAAGGACAGGAAGCUAUGAGAUUGACUUUUCGAAGCGUUUCGAUCCCAUGACCAAUAACACUAACACUCAUUAUCGACCGGGUUACGGAGGAAGCUCAACGACACCAGGACUUGGCACGGGCAUAUAUGCAACUGCUCCUCUAUUUCAGGGUGCCGAAUACUUUGACGACAAUGCUUUAGACAAUGCUCUAUCUGAUGACGAAGAAGAAGGACUUGACUCGAUGAGUCUGGAGGAACAUCUAUCAAAGAUCGAGACUAUGCCGCCUCCAGAGGUACCCCCUCGAGAAGGGCUGUACUCGACACCGCUCAGUUGGGAAAAGCCAGAGCCGGGUCUACGCAUGGAACCAGACUUUGGGUUAGGCAAUACUGCAGCAGCCAUGAACGCAGGGUUCGGGCAGACUAUGUCGGGUAUGGGUAAUAAUCAGGUUUUGAGCAACGAAGAGCAGAGAAGACUUCUUGCUAUCGCGAUGAAUACUGGUCGGACACCAGCCAGCUUCAUGCCUCCGAGUGGAUUUGGUUUAGGAUUUGGAGCUGGUCUCGGGACAGGACUCCCACCCGACUUUAAUAGUAGCAUCGACUCUCUGUUGGGAACGCCAACAGUAGAUCGCAGCCAAAAACAAACGCCCACACCAGCCAAUAGCUCUAAGGCUCCAUCGAGGAACCAAGACGUCAAGACGGAGGCAUCGAGCGAGACGGGUUUGAGUUCUGCUAGACCAGGACUCUCGCGCACCAACACCGCUGCAUCCGAUAUAAAGGGCAAAGAUAAACUCAAACCAGGAGAUCGAACGGCCCAUAAUGAUAUUGAGCGAAAGUAUCGAACAAAUCUUAAGGACAAGAUCGCCGAGCUUCGCGAUGCUGUACCUGCCCUCCAUUCGAUACCAGAAGACGGAACUGAAGAGGGUGAAAACUCACAGCGAGCGCCCAAAGUGAGCAAGGGCACUGUUUUAACAAAGGCGACCGAAUACAUUCAGUACUUAGAAAGGCGCAAUAGGUCCAUCAUGAAGGAACAUCAAGAGUUAGCCAGGCGUCUACAGGCAUUUGAGCAGCUUCUCAGUGCCUCGGCUCGACAGCCAUUCUUGAUGCCGAACCACAGCCGGACACUCUUCGAUCCAAGAGGUUUCUGCUAGAAUAGACAUGAUUUUGUCCCAAGGACUCUUGGGAUUGUAUAAAUAUACCCCAGAGAUGAAUCGCGCUGCAUACACUGCUCAUCCUAAUUAUGCAUCCUUCAUUGGCCAGUCUCGAUGCACAACUGAACGCGUUGUGCCUUGUUUGUCAUAUCAUACCGGAUCCGGUUUGGGAUUACUGCCAUGAUGACUAGGCGAGGCUGGGGUCUGUCUCCAUAGCAGCUUGCGGAGCUCAUUUUGUUACUGUGAGAUAUUACCCUGUGUGUUGAUGAUUAUUGUCACAACAAAGAUCAGAUCUCUAACUACACGGGAAUAGCUAAACAAAACCCAGAUCUAAUAAACAAAGAUCAGCUGCGGGUUAUGUUGUAUGUACGUAUGAUUUCUUACAUGCAUUUAAUUUCACCUGCAGCGGUUGUGGCUUAACCCCAUUCAUGAUCCUAGUCAUGAACCACGCGCGGUUUUCUUUUGUUUUCCAGACUGAGCUGCAAUAACAUCAUUUGUAGGCCUAGCAACAAAAUUUCGAGUGGGUCGUGAAGAGUAACACAACGACCGUCACAGUCGUAUUGAUCCUAUAUACUGUACAUUUUAAUCCAGACGUCUAGGUCCAGGUCUAUAUGAGUAUGUCACAGGUAAAGUAGUACAUGUCAUGAUCGCAGCGCUUCGAUAUCGUCAAUCUCUUUGACGGCCUCAGUGGACAGAAUGUAGGGUGAGUCGUCGUCUACGCAUACGCUGUCCUCGAUUCGGACACCCAUACCCCGGAAGGCGGCCGGCCAUCGGUCAUCAUGGGGGACGUAAACACCCGGCUCUAUGGUAACGCAGUGACCCUUGCGAAGAGUCUCGCGACGGCUGUAGCCAGGGCAGUCAUGCACGUCAAGACCGAUGUAGUGACCAACGUGGUGGGGAAACAGCUGGUCAAUGUUGGCCAUGUUGACGUUGAACCCGAUGCCGCGUAGUUGGUCAACAAGACCCCGCGCGGUAACGUUGUGAAUGUCCUCUAGUGAGAGCUUGGAGGAUUCCCUGCAGAGCGACACACUAGAUCGCUGCACGUUGAGGACGGCCUGGUAUAGGUCGCGCUGAGCAGGGGUGAAGCGGCCGGAAGCUGGCCAAGUGCGGGAUAUGUCGGUGAUGUAGGUGCCAUACUCGCCGCCUGCGUCAAUGAGGAUAAAUUCGUCCUCUUUGAACGUGCUGUUAUUCACCGUGUAGUGAAUGCAGUUUGCGCGCUCACCGCCAGCUACCACGGGGAUAUACGCCGGGCCUUCGCAGCCAUUGACGGCGAAUUGGUAGUCGAGGAACCAAUGCAAGUCCUUCUCACGUAUCCAUGGUCGGCGCAUUGCAUCUGUGAUGACACGACCUGAGAUUUGACCAGCAACACGCAUAUUAGCGACUUCUGCUUCACUCUUGAUCACCCGAAGCUUGUUCAUGACUGAAUAGAGCGGUGUUCGGGAGGGUCGAGAUUCUCGCCCUGAGAUGAGCCCCCAAAGCCAAGUAGCUGUCGAAGCAACACUACCCUUUGAGGGUGGUGAGUCUGCAUAUAUGAGUUUAGCAGAUUUGAGAAUCUUGGGGAGCAAUUGCUCAGCCUCGUUUAUCGUAUAUGCUUCAUCAGCGUUGAAGAUAUCUCUCGCAGCAUCCACACCAUUGCGAUAACCAUUCCAUUGCUCCUCACGAGCAUUUUUGGGCUUGACAAACAUACGGAAUAUGUAGUCGCCAUACUCAGGACCAGUCUUUUCAAUCACCGCAAUGGCAUUUUCUUCCAUCCAUCCUGUAAGGUAUAGAAAGUUGGACUCUUGUCGAUAUUGGUGAAAGACAGCACCAGACUUGUACUGGAGAGAUGCAGCAUGCAGAACGGCAAUACUGCCCUCUGUCAUCGACUGUGCGAGGAGAGCUCGGCGAUCAGCAUAUUCUUGCGCUGUGAUCCCUUGUGUGAUUUCGUUUGGUUGAAGGAUAUGAGGAUGUGUUUCGUAGACUGGCUGUCCGAAUCGGAGUUCGGCGGCAGAGACAACGGCAUACGCCCGGUGGCUGGCCAGUUUAUCUAACGGUAGAGCUCGGCAUGCUGUCGUUCUUGUAGGAGCAGAUAUUGCUGAUAUGCUCCUCACCGACCGAGCUCGGAGGGGCAGACGAUGCUCAAAGCUCCGUAAUGGAGCUCGAGGGAGCUUCAUCUUGAGGAUCAACGAUGAUCUGAGAUUGAGUUUAAGCGGUUGAGCUCUGUUAGUGGAACUUGGAGCUCGCCCUUACAUCAAUUGAACCCCUCGUACACGGCCGAUUUGCACCAGAGACCGACCUCAAAGAUCUCGGUGAUGACGCCAGACCAAAAUUAUGACAAGGAUGGGCCGAGGCUAACUUUAGUUGCGAGACAGCGGAAAAGUGUGAGGCUCAAGACGAGAUUGGAUAGGUGGAUGUUUCAAUGCGGGAGACGUACCAGGGUCAGUUAGAGUGAUGUCUUUUUGUAAGUAUGCAUAGACUAUGUAGGCUAAUUAUGCAAUUACCUUUUCAUUCCUCUUGGGCGUUUUGAGGUCAAUUAAUUGAAAAACAAACACA